AUGUCCUUCCACCUCGGCUCUCAGGCGUUCAGCUCGCGCUCGGCCGCAGCCGCCCCGGGCCGAGGCGCGCAGGUGCGCCUGAGCUCGCGGCGCCUGCUCGGCCUGGGCGCAUCGCGGCCACGGGUGACCCUGAACUUGGCCUCUGCAGGCCCAGCGGGAGGCGGCAUCCGCGAGGUAACCCUCAACCAGAGCCUGCUGGCCCCGCUGCAACUGGACAUCGACCCCUCCCUCCAGCAGGUGCGCCAAGAGGAGCAUGAACAAAUCAAGACCCUCAACGACAAGUUUGCUUCCUUUAUCGACAAGGUGCGCUUCCUGGAGCAGCAGAACCAGAUGCUGGAGACCAAAUGGGCGUUGCUGCAGGAGCAGGGCGCUGCCAAGAACAGCCGCCUGCCCAGCAUCUUGGAGGCCCAGGUUGCUGGGCUGAGGGGGCAGCUGGAGGCGCUGCAAAUGGAUAGCGGCCGCUUGGAGGCAGAGCUGCGCAGCAUGCAGGAGGCGGUGGAAGACUUCAAGAAUAAGUACGAAGAUGAAAUUAACCAGCGCACAGCUGCUGAGAAUGAGUUUGUGAUGCUGAAGAAGGACGUGGACGCUGCCUACAUGAACAAGGUGGAGUUGGAGACCAAGGCCAACGCCCUCAACGAUGAGAUCAACUUCCUGAAGACCCUCAAUGAGCUGGAACUGACGGAACUGCAGGCUCAGAUUUCCGACACGUCCGUGGUGCUGUCCAUGGACAACAACCGGCACCUGGACCUGGACAGCAUCAUCGCCGAGGUCCGUGCCCAGUACGAGGACAUCGCCCAGAGAAGCCGAGCCGAGGCCGAGGCGCUGUACCAGACCAAGUUUGAGAACCUCCAGGCCCAGGCGGGGAAACACGGGGGUGAUCUACGCAGCACCCGGAGCGAGAUCGCCGAGCUGAACCGCGCCAUACAGAGGCUGCAGGCUGAGAUCGACGGGGUCAAGAACCAGCGUGCCAAGCUGGAAGCCGCCAUUGCUGAGGCCGAGGAGCAUGGGGAGACUGCCCUCAAGGAUGCCCGUGCCAAGCAGGAGGAGCUGGAGGCCGCCCUGCAGCGGGCCAAGCAGGACAUGGCACGGCAGCUGCGUGAGUACCAGGAGCUGAUGAGCGUGAAGCUGGCCCUGGACAUGGAGAUUGCCACCUACCGCAAGCUGCUGGAGGGCGAGGAGAGCAGGAUGCAGGGAGAUGGAGCAGGAGCCUUGAACAUCUCCCUGCUGAAUGCCACUGGUGGUGGUGGCCACGGGAGCGGGCUGACCUUCAGGGGAACCAUGGGCAGCAAUGCCCUGAGCUUCUCCAGUGCUGGGGGACCCGGAACCCUUAAGGCCCGCAGAAACAUCUACAACUGAGCCUAGCUCUGCAGAGACGCAUGUCCCCUUUGUCCCACCUCCCAGCCCCAGGACUGUGGGAUGGUUCUAACAAGAGUGUGGGUGUUGGAGAGACUUCCAAUAAAGCUGCCACUUCCUGAA